AUGAAGACAAAUAAAUCGAGAACAAUCAACUUACUGACAUUUUUAAUCAUAUUUCUUUUGAUAAUCAGUUACUGGGAAUUGACACAAGCACGAAAAUCAAUAUCAUCAAAGAAAACAAUAGUUAAACAUAAUACUAUUCAUAAAACUAUACACAAACACUCUAAUAAACAACCUACAAAAAUUCCUCAACAGAAUCAAAGACAAUCACAACCUAAACCAUAUAAUUACACAUAUCAACUUCUACAAAAUAUACAACCAUUAAAAACUAUUAAAAGGCAAUUAAAAGCAAAUAUGAUCAGAGAUGAAUCGCAAUCAUCCUAG